GGAAACAAAAAAAAAAGCCGUGAAGAGCUUGAAACUCAUUUUAAAGAUUUUAACCCUGGAUGUUUUUUUUUUUUUAAAGGACCUCUUUGGGUUAGCUUUCUCAAAGGUGUAGUGUAAAGAACACGCUUUUAACCCACUAGUGUAUUUUGUUUUUUUUAGAUAUAUAAUAUUUUUCUUGUUUGGUAUUUUUUGUUGAGAAUGGCGACUACGGCCCUGUACGCGUGUACCAAGUGUAACCAGCGGUACCCGUUUGAGGAGCUUUCACAGGGGCAGCAGCUUUGCAAGGAAUGCCGGAUAGCACACCCAAUUGUGAAAUGUACAUACUGUAGAUCUGAAUUUCAACAGGAAAGCAAAACAAACACAAUUUGCAAGAAGUGUGCUCAGAAUGUGAAGCAAUUUGGGACGCCCAAGCCUUGUCAGUACUGUAAUAUAAUUGCAGCCUUUAUUGGAACCAAGUGUCAACGCUGCACAAACUCAGAAAAGAAAUACGGCCCUCCCCAGACCUGUGAACAGUGCAAGCAGCAGUGUGCCUUUGAUCGCAAAGAGGAAGGCAGACGGAAGGUUGACGGGAAGUUACUUUGUUGGCUAUGCACUCUGUCGUACAGACGCGUCCUACAGAAAACUAAAGAGCAGAGAAAAGGGUUGGGGUCAUCACAUUCCAAUUCUUCCUCAGCCUCGCUCACUGAGAAGGACCAGCACCAUUCUAGACACCAUCACCACCACCACCACCACCACCAUCACCGGCACAGAAGCGGCCACCAUAAACUCGACAGCCUCAGCCCAGAGCAAGACCAGGUACUGUGGAAACAGAGCCAUACUACUUCAUCUAUUCAGAAUGAAACUCCAAAGAAGAAACCAAAACUGGAGACCAAGCCAUCAAAUGGAGAUAGUAGUUCUAUUAACCAGUCGAUGGACUCCGGAGGAACUGAUAACUUUAUCCUGAUCAGUCAGCUGAAGGAGGAAGUGAUGUCCUUGAAAAGACUACUGCAGCAGAGAGAUCAAACCAUAUUAGAAAAGGAUAAAAAGCUUACAGAACUAAAGGCAGAUUUUCAGUACCAGGAAUCAAAUAUGAGAACAAAAAUGAACAACAUGGAGAAAGCACACAAAGAAGCUAUGGAGGCGCAACAGGCAAAGAAUCGUGAUCUACUUAAACAAGUAGCCGCUUUGUCGAAGGGCAAAAAGUUUGAGAAGUCUGGAAGCACGUUGUUGUCUCCUUGAAAACACAUGAAGGUCUAGCAUAGUGUAAAGUUGUUUCAACUAUAAACACUGUGAAGCCCUGAAAUAAAAACUAAUUUGAGUUUACCCAGGAGCACGAUAAACAUCUGACACGAAUACCCUUGAAGUUAUCAGGCAACUAUUUUACAGUCCAUUUCCCUUUUCUUUGGGAGACAAAGAAACACUAUGGCAAUAAAAAAGAUAAAAUUACUUGAAGUGAUUUAAGGCUUUUCAACUCCAUAUUGCCUAUAAUGAGUUUAGUAGAUUUUUUUUUUUCCCUUUUAUGUAGAUGUUUGUGCUACCCAGGUCUAAAAACAGAAAUUGAAUAUCCUGGAAUAGAGAUGUUGAAUUUCUUAAUUAUGUAAUGAAAACUGCCAGUAUGGAAAAAUUGUUUUUUUAAAAAACAAACAUGUUUACCAUAUGAAACUCCAGGUUGUGGUUUGUAAAUGUUUCAGACUUGAAUUGCCACUUUGAAAUGCAGCUUGAGGGUAUUUUUAUUUUUCCAAAAAGCAUUGGUAAAUACUAUUAAAUGUGUGUUGUUAGCCCUUUUUUUUUUAAAAUUAGGGUGUGUACUAUUUUCUUUUUCUACAAAAUUAUUUUACCUUAUUUAUUCAGACUGCCUUUAAAAAAAAAAAAAAAAAAAAAAAAAAAAACGAUCAUGUUAAAAUACAAAGUUUUUAAAAAGUGAAUGCAGUUCAAUUUUUUUUUAUUUCUGAUUACACACAUUUGAUCUCUUAUUACCACAUAGCAGUAACAUCUCAACUGUGAUCAUGACUGAACUGUUUCUUAUUGACGAGACCGUGAGGACAGGCAGCUCUAGCCCCAUAUGGGGAGCAUCGUGUUAUUUUGAGAGUGGUAUUGGGGCUUCACAAGACUACAAAUCUGAUUUUUUUUUUUUUUUUUUUUUUUUUAAACCCACAUUUUAUUGCACCAAACCUCUUGCAGUGAUGAAUUGGACAGUGACUCGUUACUGCACUAUUGGGGAAAGACAUCUAAUAAUGCAUGAAACACAGCUGUAAGGGGAGGGUCGUGGUCUCAUGUACUGUAUUGUACUUUUAGACAGAUUUGCAAAUCAUGUAAAUUACUUUGCUCAGUAAAGGCCUUUGUGUAUUUUAAACUUGUUACUUGUACCGUUUCUAGUAAGUAUAUGUAAAGCAAUUAAUAUAUCUAAAAUAUGCUUUGACACACAACUAUUACACUUUUUACAGCUCUGGACUUAUUUGAAUACUGUACUUGCACACAAUGUACAGUUUCACUUUUUUGUACUUUUUACAAACCCAGUAUUUAAGAAAAUAAAUAAAAAAAAAACUUUGUAAAA